UCGGGAGCCGGGGUCCGCGCCGCGUGCGUCCCCCAUCGCAGAGGUGGAAGCGCCUACGGGCCCACCUGGGGCCUCCCCAAGCCCCGGGCUCAGGGCACUGGAAACACGGUAAUGAUCCAGGCGGUGAAGAAACAAAAAGACAAAUCCGGUGACGCGCGCCUGCCUUUCCAAGUCCGCUUUUGCAGCGCGCAUAAAUGAAGUAUUCUGUGCGGAGACCUAGUGAUACAACGAUGAGUAAAACGCCCUCCCUCCUCCCUCUACCUCAAAGGGAAAGAGGAAAAAUUUAAAAUAAAGUAUCUAGCCACCCCAUCCUCCCAGUCUGAACUGGUGACAUUCAAAGGAGAGACCGUCUUUGUCCUCUUAGAUUUGAUGAGAUUAACCAAAUUGACAUUUUUUAAAACAGGUUUUUAAGCCCCCCAAAAGCAUGUUAUUAAGUAAACGCUACGUUUGUUUUGUUCCCCGGUAACCACGUAGCACUGUUCCCGACAGGCAGCAGGCGGUCAGCUGUCGAGUGAAUAAACUGGAUCAGUUCUCCCCAAGCGAUGAUUCCAGCUAGGUGCUUGCGAAACGGAAGGGAAGUGCUAGUGUCCCGGACCAGCGGGCUCGGGAGUUAAACUAUGCCAGGAGUGCCUGGCUGAGUUUCCUAGUCCAGGGUAGCCUCAUUUCUCGAUAAUAGCACGCGACGGAACUGGCGUUCGCCGCAUCCCGGACUACGCUGAGGGAGACGGAUUAGGGAGGGGUUCACCGAUUGUGUGUGUGUAGAACGGCGGGAAGGAAAAAAAGAACUUCAGUAAACAAAACUGUUUCAUCACAAAUGCUGGUUUCCUACAGCGGAAGAUUCAUACUGCCAACCUUUGCUCUCCCUGUUACCACAAAACCAGAACACAAUUGGUUUGCACGCGCCUUUCGCUCUCUCAAGGCUUUCGCGCGCUUCAAAACGACCCCUCCGAGGACCUAUAGGGGUGAUGUCAUCCGGGCGCGACAACGGGAAGUAACCUGCGGGCUUGCUGUGUAGCUCAGUCUGGAGCCCCUACGUUUGAGAGCGCUGCGAUCUCCUCUUCGCUCCAGUCCUGGCUGCGAUGGGCAGUGCUCGAGAGUCCCCCACCGACAAAGGUGGAGAGACAGGGGAGUCAGAUGAGACGACCUCUGCUCCGGUGGUCCCAGGGACUUCAGACACAGACGCAGUCCCAGAGGAACCUGAUGGAGACGGAGAUGCGGACUUGAAAGAGGCGGUAGCAGAGGAAGGCGAGCUCAAGAGUCAAGAUGUCUCAGAUUUAACAGCAGGUGAAAAGGAGGACUCAUUACUUGCUCCUGCAGCCAAAAAACUUAAAAUAGAUACCAAAGAAAAGAAAGAGAAAAAGCAGAAAGUGGAUGAAGAUGAGAUACAGAAGAUGCAAAUCCUAGUUUCUUCGUUUUCGGAGGAGCAGCUGAACCGCUAUGAAAUGUAUCGCCGGUCAGCUUUCCCUAAGGCAGCCAUUAAAAGGCUGAUCCAGUCCAUCACCGGCACCUCUGUGUCGCAGAAUGUCGUCAUUGCCAUGUCCGGUAUUUCCAAGGUUUUUGUCGGCGAGGUGGUAGAAGAAGCACUGGAUGUGUGUGAGAAAUGGGGAGAGACGCCACCACUGCAGCCCAAACAUAUGAGGGAGGCUGUUCGGAGGCUAAAGUCAAAGGGGCAGAUCCCCAACUCGAAGCACAAAAAAAUCACCUUCUUCUAGACCAAAGCCCCAAAAGGCCUGUGACUGACAAGGAAUUCUGGUUCCCGGCUCCCUGUGCCAAUGAACACCAGGGCACCAGUGCUUCAGUGUCCAGUCCUCAGUCCUCCAGGGGUUCCAUGAUGGUUUUAAUGCCACGCCUAGAAGGCAUGCAGCCUGUUUCACUCUUGCCUUGACUAAAUUCUGGGACUCGUAGGCCAUUUUGAGAUAUUCAGGUGUCUCCAGCUAGCUGAAGGAAGAAAGGGGCAUGGACCUUCAGGAGCUUCUGGGUAGGGGAGCUGCUUCAGAGGGAAAACCUUUCCAAGAGAACUUUCACACUGAAGCCUAAAGCACCAAGACUUAGAUUGUUUCUUGCAUCUGGUUUUAAGUAGAUGAAACCACCAGAAACGUCUGACUCGUGGCACUGUCAUAAAGGAUGCAGCGACAACAGGAGUACUGGAAUAACUUGUGCUUGCUAACAUUUAAGAUGCUUCUGUGGAUUUUAGUGACUGAUCGUCAGACUUUUCCAACUUGUAAUCAUUGUGUGUCUAGCUGGUUGGAAUGGGGAGAAUUUCAUUGUUCUUUUUUGGUGUCCAAAUAAAACUAGCUCUGGCUUUUUUGUAAAAA